AUGCACAUGGCCAUGGAGACGGUAACCUGCAACAGAGCUAUCAGCGCGGCCGGCAGAAGAAUGGACUGGCUGCAGGCACUAGGGACGGUCUCGGAGAUGCGCACGAAGGAGGUGCGCUGCGAUGUGAUUACUUUCAGCUCCCUUCUCAGUGCCUGCGAGAAGUCCAGCCAGUGGAAGCAGGCCAUGCUGGUCUUCUCAUGGAUGAGUGACUCCGAGAUCGAGCCUAACGUUGUGACCUACAGCGCGGCGAUUAAAGCACUGGAGAAGCCCGGACACUGGACGAUUGCUUUGGAAUUCUUGGCCUUCAUGAGGACGGUCAGUAUUGAGCCCAACACCAUCACCUACAACUCCACCAUCAGCGCGUGCGAAAAAGCAGGCGAGUGGCUUCAGGCACUCUCCCUGUUGACCUCGUUGCAAGACGACCGUCUGGAAGCCAACGUGAUCUCCUUCAGCGCCGCCGUCAGUGCUUGCGAGAAGGGUGGCCAAUGGCAGAGGGCACUGCUUCUGCUGAUGUCUAUGCCAGAUCAGAACUUGCGACCCGAUGCCAUCUGCUUCAAUGCUGCAAUCAGUGCCUGCGAAAAGUGCGGGCAGUGGCAGCAAGCCAUGUUGCUUCUACAUUCACUGGAGGACGCAGAACUCCAGCCCACAG